AAAGCUCAGCAAAAGAAAAAAAAAAUCCGCCAAAAAAUGUAGAGGGAAAGGUUCACAAGAACAAAGAGGAAGGAGUCAAAGGAGAGGAAAAACAUUGGAACAACAUAACAAUGGCGGAAGAUCAAAUUGAAGAGGAGAGAGAAAGCGGAAAAGUGAUGGCGUUGAUCGAGAAAGCAACCAAUUCAACCGAACCUGAGGUUGACCCUCGCCUUCUUAAAGCCAUAAAAAUGGUGGUUCGAUACUCCGAUUUCGAGCUCAAACUCGCCUAUCAAACCCUAAUGCGUCUCAUGAAACGACAACACUCUCAGAUUAGGUAUCUUGCGUUUUUGAUAAUUGACGAGUUAUUUAUGCGAUCAAAGCUUUUCAGAACCCUAAUUACUGAUAAUUUGGAUCAAUUGUUAAGUUUAUCGGUUGGAUUUCGACGAAAUCAACCCCUCCCUGCCCCCCCUUCUGUUGCAUCGGUUCUACGAAAAAAGGCAAUUGAGUUUUUAGAAAAAUGGAAUGGUUCAUUUGGAGUUCAUUAUAGGCAGCUUAGGUUAGGAUAUGAUUAUUUGAAGAACACUCUUAGGUAUCAAUUCCCUAAUUUACAAGCGAAUGCUGCUCGGGUUGAACAGCAGAGGAGAGAGAGGGAGCUGAAAACACAGGAGAUUUUGAGGAACAAGCUUGAUAUGUUGAGGGAGAGUCUCCCUUCGUUGAAGGAAGAGAUAAGGUUGACAAUUGAUGAGAUUGGAGAGUGCUUAGAGAUUGCUAGGGCUAAAGAUGCAAAUGCGGCAUUGGAACCGUUAGAUGAUGAUGAUGAGGAGGAGUUUGAGGGGAUUCGUAACCCGGAGUUGCUGCAAAUUCGGCUUGAUGCAUUAAAGGAAGCAGAGAAGGUUCAGGAGAAUAUCGAGAACAAAGUGGUUUUUGAUGCAUUGAGGGAGUUGUAUAAGCUGUUAGUGACUAAGCAUUUAGUUUCGGUCCAGGAAUGGAUUUCUAUUCUUAUCAGGGUUGAAGUUGUUGAUAUUAGGUUUAGGGAUUCUGCAUUGAAAGAGUUCAUUGAUGUUCGGAACCAAAUUACUGCGGUGAAGAAGAAAUGUGAGGAAUCUGGUUGUGCCCUUCCUAAGAUCAAGGAGAGUGAGGAAGAUGACAUAUGGGAGGACGGUAAGAUUGAAUCUGUGGAGGAAAGUAAAGAUUUAACAACAGUACCGGUUGAUUGUAAGGUAUUGGCUACUGAUGCCGCUGAAUGCAGCAAUAGAAAGGCAAAGAAAAGGGAUAUUGUAAAACGGAGAAUAAAUGCUGGUAAUUCGGAUCCUUUGAGGGGGAAGCUUUUAGCUGAAGCUCCCGUUAUCAAUUGGGGUUCCUCUUUGGACAAUUGGGGUGAGAAGAGGGAUGCCUUGGCUAACCAGAGGGGAUUAGAGCUUGAUAGCCAUUGGGGAAGAGUAGAUGAUGAUGCUUCUAUACCGUCGGAGAAAAUUGCAGAAUUAAAUGUUCAUGCAAGUAUUUACAAAGAAGAGCAAGCUGAAGUCCAGCCAUGCCAUGCUCCUUUGCGCAAUGGGAAGCUUUGCCAGAGGAAAGAUUUGAGAGUAUGUCCAUUUCACGGGCCAGUUAUACCGCGUGAUGAUAAAGGAAUACCUAUUUAUUCUGAGGGUGAGGCAGGGAAGUCGGCUAACUACAUACAUAAUGAAGAUACAUCGGUGAGGCAAAGUUCUUCCACGGAAGAGAUGCAUAUUGAUGGAAUGGGAAUUUCAACGGAGAAGCUAGCUAAAAUGGCUGUAAAAAAUGUUAGAGAGAGGGACGAAGAAGAAGUGAAAAGAAAAGAAAGUGAUAAGCGAGCAAUCAAGAAAGCCAAACUUGCUAAGGUUCGGGAACACAAUGACGUAGUUCUUCGAGAGGCUGCAAUAGCUUCAACCUCAAGUUCUGCAGCUUUUGGGGAAGUUGGACCUGCAAACACGGGAGAGAGAGCUUCCACAAAAAAUAAAAAGCAAACUCUUGCAUCGAUGUUGCGGAAGAAAGUGACAGCGAAAGAUAGAUUGUCACAGAAGCUUUUGAGUGCCCGUGCAAGAGAUGAAACCAUCAAACAGUUAACUAAAGGCGAGGAUACCAGAUACCGAGAAUCAUUUCCAAAUCAGUGGUAGCAAAGGAUUUUUUUAAAUAAAACAAUGGCACUUCUGCAUAGAUAUACCGGGAGUGACGAUGCAUUUCUGGAUUGCCAUGUCUUCCUCUUAUUCAAUCAGCUGAAGAGAGAAGGUUUGGCAAUCACCCUCAAGUGGGAAUUUGGAUAGUGUUGGUAGCUUUGUAAUUAUGUGUUAUCUUAUCCACAUUUCCAUUCACGACUUCUCAUUUACAUUCCAUUUGAGACACAUUGUUUUAUAGUGACAGAAAAGAUAAUUUUCGAUUUAUAUACUAGCAACAGUUUUGGGUCA